UGUGUUUGCGGGUGAAGCUGGUCCUGGAGCCCUAUAAGCCCCAGUGGUGUAGAGAUCAUGAGGAUUGGGCUCUCUACCUGUUCUCCCCAUGUAACAGGUUUCGUCAGUGGUGUCAGAGAGUGAUAACUCACAAGAUGUUUGAUCACAUAAUCCUCCUUUUCAUCUUCCUCAACUGCAUCACCAUCGCUCUGGAGAGACCAGACAUACAGACACACAGUACAGAGAGAGUGUUCCUCAGUGUGUCCAACCAUAUCUUCACUGUGAUCUUCAUAGCAGAGAUGACCGUUAAGGUGGUAGCCCAGGGUCUGUACUCAGGUGAAGCAGUCUAUCUGAAGAGCAGCUGGAAUGUUCUGGAUGGACUGUUGGUGUUUGUCUCUCUGCUGGACAUUCUGGUUUCCAUAGCAUCCGCCGGCGGUAACCGUAUCCUAGGAAUCCUCAGAGUGCUGCGACUCCUGCGUACCCUUCGACCCCUCAGGGUGAUCAGUCGAGCCCCAGGUCUGAAGCUGGUAGUCGAGACUCUGAUCACGUCUCUGAGACCCAUCGGAAACAUCGUCCUCAUCUGCUGCGGCUUCUUCAUCGUGUUUGGAAUACUGGGAGUACAGCUUUUCAAGGGUAAGUUCUUCCACUGUGAGGGGGCGGACGUGAGGAACGUGACCAAUAGGACUGACUGUCUCCGUGCCGGCUACCGGUGGACACGACGCAAAUACAACUUCGAUAACCUGGGACAGACAAGUCCAGUCUAG